AUGAGUACAUACUUGAGUUGGUUGCCAUCAAUAGACGUUAGCUCUUACUUAAGGUACCCGGGUGGGAAUAAUAAUUCACAAACCUCUAAUAAUACAAAGACUUCAACACGAACAAUUCAGAGUGAAAAUAGCACAAUGUUUGGGUUUUUCGGUGGCUUGUUUGAUAGAGCUCCCAAAAUUGAAAAAUAUUCCCCUGAGAACUUAAGGAAUCUAGGUGAUCUUCUUUAUGAACGUUCAAAACCUGGAAAUGAUGAAAGAGUGGUUGAUGUAUUAAAGGAAAUGACACAAAUUUUGGUUUGGGGUGAUCAACACAAACCGACUAUACUUGAAUAUUUUUUUGAAAAUAAUAUACAUUAUGACAUUUUAAAUUUUUUGGAACAAACUAAUAGUCCAAAUGUAACGAAACAAAUAUUACAAACCAUGAAUAUUUUAUUUGAAAAUAUCCAUGAUCUAACUUCACUGUAUUUCUUGUUGUCUAAUAAUUUUGUCAACCGAAUAAUAUGUCACAAAUUUGAUUUUUCGAAUGAUGAAAUCAUGGCGUACUAUAUUUAUUUAUUACGAACGUUAUCUUUUAAGUUGGAUACCAACACGUUAUUUUUCUUUUUUAAUGAGCGACAAGAUGAUUUUCCUUUAUAUUCGGAAGCGAUCAAGUUCUUUAAUUCGGAUGAGAGUAUGAUACGAGUUGCUGUUCGGACAGUGACAUUAAAUAUAUUUGGUGUUAAUAAUGCACAAAUGCAAGAAUUCAUUCUGGACAGAAACGCGGCUCCAUAUUUCUCAAACUUGGUUAACUUUAUUUCCAACUUCUCGACAAUUUUGGACGACAUAAGCAAUUCGCCCAACUACCACAAUCAAUAUCAGAGAUUUAACUACUAUCUCGCAGAGCAUUGCGAUAAUUUUUAUUAUAUUAACGAUAUCAUAAAUUUGGACAAUGAAAAAAUGAACCAAGAGUUAACUUCGCACUUGAUGGAUCUUUUAUUGAAACCUGUAUAUGCAGAUAGUUUGGUUCACAGAAAGUUGUUACCGUAUAAGCAGUCAACGCGUAUAGAUUCGGUGGUGGCGCUUGCACUUUUGUGUCACGUUCUUCACAUAUUUCGUCAUCCGCCAUUAGUUACAGCGAUGGUUGCAAUGCUUUUUUCAAAUUCGCCAGAGUUAAUGGAUUAUCCGCAAUCACCUAGACUUGACACCACAUAUGCAAAUCCUUCUUCAUUAUUUAAAAAUAGGAAUCUUUAUCGAGAGGCUAUAAUGGGGUUCUUGAUUCCCGAGGAAUCAGUUUCAGAUGAAGAUGAAGAUGAAGAAGCAGACUAUCAUGAUUUGAACACCUUGCCGGCUCUUUGUUUAAUAUACAUGUCAUGUAGGAAUCAUGCGAUUGCACCAGAUAUACUUUUGGCUACAGAAGUUUAUUCUCAAAAGUUAUUAAAGACUCGUCGUUUGUUGGACUCAUUAGUGUCCGACACCGAGGAUCUAUCGAAUGACACACCCUUUUCGUUUAGUCACAGAGUUUCAUUUGAUACGGCAUCAAUGACAUCAACAGCAACUACUGCAUCACAGAGUAAACCGCUGAUUACGGAUGAUUUAGAUGGUGAAUUAUUAAACUUCUCAACAAAUUCCAAGCCUGAUCAAUUAUUUGUGAAUGAUAUGGAUAAAACCCUAUACGAAUCAUCACUUGCUCCUUCCAUAAAAAUAACCGGAGAAAAUAAUUAUAAUUACCAGCAUCAAACAAGAAAUUACCGUGCGGAACUAGUUCAAAAUAUCAUCACACUUUUGUGCGUUCAUUAUCGAUUAUGUAGACCGAUUACACUUCAGAUGGCUGCAGAGGUAUUACUUGAGCUCUUAUAUUAUAAUGGUUCGGGAGAGUGUUUAACUCUGGAGCAAACAGAAAUGAUAAACAUAACUGAAAAAUUAUUACAAGAACGGGUGAAAAACUAUUUCCUGAAAAAUCACGAAUUUCAGUUAGACAAAUUCGAAAGGGCAGUUAAUGAAUCAAUGUUUGGAGGAGAUAAGUAUGUUGGAGAAAUUAUAAUGAAUGCAAAAUUAUUAUUUCCGCCACCAUCUCCAGUUCCACAAUCGACGUCGAUAGAUACCGAGGAUGAAAAUAUCAUCAGAGAUAUCAAAACACUUCACCUUCUUCGUCAAUCUCGUAUUCUAUUAUCAAGAAAAUCGAUAUUAGAAGAACCAACUUUUGAGGAGGUAGGGUAUAUAGAAGAAAAUAAAUAUAAAUCAGAAUUGGUUUACCAUAAUGGAUUAGUUGAUGAAAAUUUUGAUCAAGCCCGUCAACAAAUGUAUUCUACAACUACGAAAAAUGAUUACAAAACUCAUCAAAGAAGUAAUACAAAAGAUUCGACUUCAUCUUGGUUAUGA